GCACUGAUGGACGCCAUUGCCUUUGAAGCGCACCGAAAGCAAGAGGAGCCAAGCGUUCAGGACAUGACCAACAUACCAUGGAAGUCGGCAACGCUGUCGCCGCAGUCGGAGCAGGUGUCGAUGUUUGUGGCUGACAAGGUGACUCAUCGACAGGAUGUGUUUGCCACCAAUCAAAGCGCUCCAAUGCUUGUGUGGACCAUGUGGAAGGCUGGCUUGCGUACUGAGCUCCGGCGUCUGUUUGACCUCUGGGCCGAGGGUGCAUUUCAGCAAGUGGAGCCAUAUGGCAUCGUGGAGAUGGACAGCAGCUGGUGCAAGGAUUCCGAGCAAGACUUCGCCGUCAGGCGUAGCCUAGGCUCGUGGUUCCCUCUUCGCUGCGUUCAGAUGGAGAUGGCGGCUCUCGGCCAACCACUGCUUUUGGGGCGUCGGGCGCUGCCUGCUGCGUACCAGAAGGUGGCAAAGCUCGUUGAUUUCCUGGAGGCUACCAUGGUCGAAGGGAAUGCAGAGGAAGUUCUCACUGCAUGUGAGAACUUUGCCAAGCACAGGGGCCAGUGGCUCAAGGUGGCGGGAGGCGACAAGGCUGAGCUGCUGAAAGCCGCAGUGCAGCGCCCCCUUUUCUGCGGGGGUCAGGUUGUGCUGGAGCUUGGGGCCUUCGUGGGCUAUUCCGCCGUCCGAUUCAGCAGCGAGCUGCAGAGGCGAUUUGGCCGCGUGCUGUCCCUGAUCUCAGUGGAGGUGAACCCGCUGCAUGUCUCUUUGUCUCGCUUUCUGCUGGACAUAGCGGGCCUUGCGCAGAUUGCAGAGGUGAGACCUGGUCAAGUUAAAGAUGUUGUGGCUCAGAUUGUGGAAGAGCUGGGCUUUCACAGCACAGGAUUAUGCUUCAUGGACCACCGCGGGACCAUCUUCCAUCAGGACUUCAAUCAGCUCCUGAAGCACAGGGCCAUGGGUGCUGAGGCCCAGCUGGUGGCCGACAACACGCUGAACCCUGGUGCACCUCUCUUUCUUUGGGACAGGGGCGGUGUUCAGCGCACCAAGAUGCUGGUUGAGUUACGGACGGCCUUGCACCAUUCUGCAACAGUCUUUGCCUUGCAGACCUAUGAGUCAUCCGUGCCCAACCUGUCUGUCAUGGCGCAGAUCGCUGGUUUGCCCGGCAGGAUGGGCGGCCAACGGAAGGAACCGAGGAUACAUUUGCCUCCGGGACUCUUCAGCAGUGGGGAGUUGCUUCCUGAUAGCACCGCAAUGAGCGUAGCUGCAGCACCGCAGUUGGAGGCUAUGGAGGAAAAGCUUGGCAGUCGGCCGGAGGAGUCUACGGACGACAGUGACAGUGACCUCCCCGAGCUCUAUGAUGCGACAAGUGACAGUGGCAGCGACAACAACAACUCUGUCAAGGAGAGCCCCAUCAAGGAGCCGGAACAGCGCAAGCCGGAGCCUGCAGAGGCACAAGAGAUCCUGAAACGCUAUGCGUCAAAGUUUGGCGAAUCUCGGGACGGCGAAGCUCAGGGUUUCAACCGCCGAGCAUUCCCUUGGUAUUCUGGUGAGUCUUCCAAUGAAAAGGGCGAGGUAGGAGUGAAAGAGGUUGAGGCGGCACUCAAGAAGGGAACGCAAACUACAAAGCGCCAGGCAAAGCUCUGGGACGUCGAUUCCGAGGGUGAGCAAGUCACACUCUGUGCGCACUGCUUGCUUCCUGUUGGCGAGGUCUCCUACAGUGGACAGCAGGGCAAAUCAACAUCAAUGCAUGGCGAGUGUGCAGCUCAGCAGAUGCUGCAAGAGAUGAAGGAGAAGGACACCAAGCGUGUGAAAGAUGAGGCCGAGAAGAAGCAACAGAACCGUAGCGAGUAUGGCAUUGGCUGGACAGCCCAGCAGGUUCCGAGGAAUGCCCUCACUGCCACGAAGCUUGGAAGCAGCCCGGCACCUCAAGGUCUGUGCUGUCUCAUUUGGGAUGAGGCAGCUAGGUCUGUGCGGAUCGCAGCCACUUCCGAACCUGCUGCAGCAGUGAACCUGGAGUAUCUCUUGCUGGCAUUGAAGGUUCGGUAUCAUGCCUGCCGGGAGCCGCUCUUCUCGCUGGACCCAGUGAACCCCGAAAACCUUGAGAAGAGUAUGCUGGAGAAGCGCUUCAGCCCAUCCUGGCUUGCCGGCACAAGCGUGGGAGAUCUCAUGUUCCAGGCAGACUACUACCUGAAAGAGCUGUCCAUGGGUGAGCAUGACAUGCCCAUGAUGGGAAUGAUGAGCGUCUUCGACUGGUCGGAGGCCGACAACGUGAAGGGUGGCUGGACCGGACGCGAAUGGUUUGUGGUGAACCAAGCAGAAGUUCGACUGGCAGCCGAUAGCACGCUAAUCCCGCACGUGAAGAUGGGCGUCGAGGCCAGGACCCAGGUGGUUUCGGCAAAAGGCCUUCAAGACACGCCCAUCACCAGCAAGAAUCAUCCUCUGAGGAAGUUUGCUGACAGCUUCACGAAGCACUUCGACCUUAUUGCAGAGCGCCAAAGCGUGAUCUUCCAUUUGCGAGAGCUUGCAAAGGCUUCGGUGAUGGCCAAAUUCAUCGUGGAUUCAAGCACCAACGUGCCGUCAGAGUGGUGGAAGCUGGCCGAUGAUCUCGUGAAAUCCGCGAGGCCGGUUGACAAGCAAAUCCCGCAGUUGUGGAACAUGCGAGGUCAGUCGCGCAUCCAAGUCCGUGAUGGGAAGAUGCUGAACUCAGCAACCGGACAGUGGAGCUACUUGACCAGUGUCUACGGAGGGAUCGAAUUCCAGCUAGACCGCUUUGAGUUGGCACAGCGCCACACCCUCCGACCAGUGGGACCGGGAGCCUCCACAAUGGUGGGAGGUUUGCAGGGAAUGCAGCUGGGACCAAGUGCUGGCCGACCGGGCUUUGCCCCAGCGCGCUUCCAGCUUACGCAGCGUGCUCCGGCACCAGCGCCAGCUGCUGAGCAGCCACAGGGUGUGGACUUGAACCUAGACGGCUUCGACCUCACGUCCCCGGAACGCUUCCGAAUGGGCCUAGCCAGCUGUAGUGCCGACUCCAAUUCUCUGGAGGCGCGGGUCCCCCUGGGCCAGGCCUUCCUGGAUGGCUUGCGUCAGACGAACGGUCCCUUCAAGCCAGAGGAUCGACACUUCCUUCGCAAUCUCUACAAGGAUCAGCUCACGGACCGUACCCAAGAGGGAGAUGCAUUUGUGCCGCCUGAUCCGGACAUGAAGUAUGUGGCCAAGAUGCGGGCCCUGGUCUCCGAGGAGGAAAUCCUGCGAGGAAAGAGGGCAGCGCUCUUCUGCGAUGCAGCCUUCAUCCCAGAGAAUCCCGGGCCAGCCUUCCCGCGAUCCUGGACUUCAAAUUUCUUGGUGGAGCAGGAGGGAGUAUCUACCGGACUUGUGAAAAAGGCUUUGCGAUCAGGAAUGGUCCAGGUCUCGCUGACACCGAGCUUCAAGAAGCUCAUUCUCAGUGAGAUGCUGCCUAACACCGCUCCUGUCUUCGAGAAGAGCUCGGAGGAUGGUGUGGCGUACCGAAUCUACCAGAUUGGCUCCUUGGAGAUCCGCACCUGCCAGGAGCCUGGAGCCUCAGAGCUCGUGAAGGUCGUAUUCUCGAUUCGUGCAACCAGAUGGACCGCCCGGCCCGGAAAAGCGGAGGUGACCGAUGGCGAGAGGAUUGUGCAAGCAAGGAUGUUUGUGGAGGCAGUAGACACAGUUGGUGACUUGGCAAGGUCCAUCCACGGCAAGGCUGCAGAGCCCUCGCAGGACCUUGAUGCGCCCUGGCGUAGCCAGAAAAUGGAUCAUUGCCACUACUUCCUUGUCCUGGACACGAACAAGGAUAACGUCCUGGUCACAGAGAAAACUCUGGAUGGAUCGGUUUCGUUGGUUGUGAACCCAGAGAAUGCCGAGGAUCGUAUGUCUCUGGCCAGACUCCUCUACACCCACCAGUGCAAGGAGGGAUCUGCCUCGGUGCGUGAGGUCAAGGUUUUCCAGGCCUCCAGCGCCAAGCAGACGCCCGACGGGGCCACUGCAUCAGACAACAAGCUUUAUGCCAGGAACCUCUUCAAGCUGGCCUCUGGCAAGGCAUGGUUGGUGCGAAAGGCCAAGGGUGCUGGAAAGGGGCGUGGGACGGCAGCCCAGAAGGAAUCUAUACCACCAGCUGCUGUGCCCGCUUCAGAGAGGCGCACAUACAGCAGCAAGGUGAAGUAUGACUGCCAGGCUUAA